GCCCAGAGCGCUGACAUGGUGGCCGCAGCCAGUAGAUGAGUUCACGACCAGGUACGGAGAUAUGGCCAUCCCGUACAUGUAUUGACCGUUGGAAAUUGCCUCUUGACAAACAGCACAGUCACCAACCCAUCCAAAAGCACAACCUUUAGCAGCACUGGUAUACGUUAUGCGACAAGAGUUAUCUUUCCUGUGCUCCUAGAGUAUCCUGAGCCGUCUUGGUUGACCCCAAUCUCGCUUACGCGAUUACCUUAUCACAACUUUUUAGUUGAAGCCAUGGAGAAUCCAAGAGUAUGGUUUGACAUCCAGAUUGGUAGUGAGGCGGCUGGCAGGGUUGUCAUGGAGCUUUAUGCUGACAUCGUGCCGAGAACCGUGGAGAACUUCCGGGCGCUAUGCACUGGCGAGAAAGGCAUGGGGAAGUCCGGUAAACGACUGCACUUUAAAGGCUGUGUCUUCCACCGAAUUAUCCCGGAGUUCAUGUGCCAGGGAGGCGACUUCACAGCGGGAGAUGGAACAGGUGGAGAAUCCAUCUAUGGCCCACGUUUUGAGGAUGAGCCGGCGGGGCUUGCGCUGAAGCACGACAAGCCGGGUCUGCUUUCUAUGGCUAACGCCGGGCCCAACACCAACGGGUCACAGUUCUUCAUCUGCACGGUGCCCUGCCCCUGGCUUAACGGCAAACACGUGGUGUUCGGCCGUGUGGUGGAGGGGAUGACCACCUUGAAGCGCAUGGAGGUGGUGGGGCAGCGCAGCGGCAAGCCCAGCCGCCGGGUCAUCAUCACGGACUGCGGGCAGCUGCCCAGCAAGCUGCAGAUGAUGAUGAAGCUCAAGGCCGAGAAGGAGGAGGCGGCCAAGCUGCUGGCCGACCCAAACGCCGUCAACCCAGAUCAGGACUCCCUACAGCGGCUGAAGGCCCUGCAGCAGCAACAGCAGCAGCAGCCAAAGAAGCAGCCCUCAGCCGUGCCGGCCUCAGCACUGGGGAAUGUGGCUUCAGCCCUGGGUUUCGGCAAGCCAGCGCAACCCGGCACCCGACGCGAGGGGGAGUCGGAGCGGGCGGCGGCGCGGGAGGGCAGUCCGAAGGAGGAGCAGGAGGGCGCGGGGCCGCGGCCGGGGUCUUCAGCCCCAGGCACGGAGGAGGGAGAUGAAGAGGCGGCCGGGGACGGCGGGGUGGAGGGAGCGGACCCCUACGCGGGCAUGUCGGCCAAGCAGCGGAAGCUUCUGGAGCUGCGGCAGCGGCUGCAGCAGUGUCGCAAGCAGAACCAAAACGCGGUGAUAGCGGAAAAGAAGCGGCAAAAAAGCCCCGGUGCGGAGGAGGCUGCCGGUGGCGGGGACAACAGCGCGGGUGCUCAACGGCGAUGGUACGAGGAGAAGCAGAAGCGGCGCGCGGAGGAGCUAGAGAGGCUGGGGCUGGACCCCACGCAGGCACACAGGCUGGAGACUGCGGAGGCAGCAGCGCUCAAGUACGAGAAGCAUGAUAAGAAGGGCGGCCCCACCGGCUGGGGCGUGUUUGCCAGCGAGAACCUCUACCGCUCCUACCUCAAGCGGGCGGAGAAUGUGCCGUACACGCAGGAGGACUACGAGAAGGCCAAGGCGGCGGACCCGGAGUUCUACCGGGACGCCGACAGCAUGAUGUACGGGCAGGACCCCAAGCUGCCCGCGGAGAAUGUGGACAAGAUGGUGGCGGAGCUGGUGGACCGCGACCGCAAAAAGGACGAGUUCAGUCGGCGUCGGCGCUACAACGACGCAUCCGACGUGGACUUUAUCAACGACCGCAACGCGCACUUUAACAAGAAGAUCCAACGCGCCUUCGGGCAGUAUACCUCGGAGAUCAAGGCGAAUCUGGAGCGCGGUACGGCACUGCCGGACCGGUAGCGCCGCGGCGCGCGCCGGGCAGCAGCAGCGUGGCAGGGUGUGCUGCGACAACGGCGCUGGUGGUGGUUUCCGCCCCUGUGGUCCGCCCCCUCGUCGUCCCCGCGCUGCGGCUGCACGGCCCGUGUUGUUGGCGUGUGUGGUCCGUAGCUCCUUAUAGAUACCGGUGGGUAGGUCAACGGGCAGGCGCACAGGGUGCCCGCAAGUUACUGCUGUAUUGCAGUGGGGUGGGGUGUUGAGGCGCAUGGAUGGUGAGGCGAAUGGCGGCGCAUAAGGAGGGAACAAAGGGGCCGCUGUGUCGCAUGGUGCAUGUACGGUAUGCUGCAUGAAACCGCCAGUGGCCGAGUCCCCAUGCCUAGAGCACUGGCUGGGGGUGGUACACGGAGAGAAGGUAUUACCCACGCACUUGCCGUGCGUUUGGCGGACAGUGAUGUUCGGGGCAUGCUCGAGACCGAGCGCCGAAAGACCCCAGGCGUUCGGCACCGGAAGUACCCCUACAGCUCGUAACUUGCAUGGCAAGUGAUGCUCUUGUUUAUUCCUCAUUCCUGAUUCCUCACAUAGAAGCGCUCGCGGCCAGUUUUCUGAACACAAUCAAUGGAUGUGGAUUGUGUUGCUGCGGUUGCUGUGGAGCAACGAUUGCCAUGUGCGGGCACAGCACGCAUGAUAGGGUGCAUGCUCAGGUUUGGGCAGCAGCAUGCCGUAUGGGAAGCUUUGGAGACGAUUUUCACUCGUUGCCUUGCCUCAUGCCAUCCCCACCUGGCUUGCCCGCGCAGGACGAACGGUGGAACUGCCACGCAGCUCGCGCCUUGUAAAUAGGCGGUGGAGAGUGGGAAUGGCCGGCUCUGCGGCUGGCUGCGUGUUUGAUGCACGCGAGUAGUGAACUCAUGGCUUGGCUGUUAGGGGGGGAACAGGGACGAGCAUGGGUUGACCGUUUCGUUGGGUGGUACUACUUGUUGCUCGUGGUCCGUGCGAAUUAGGGACACUUAGCGCAACAGAACGGCGCAUUGUAGUGACGAGGUGUUGUUGGAAGUCACAACAAAGCGGAUGAUGAUGCAACGCAGGCGUGUUACCUGGAGCACUCGAAAAGGGGC